CUCCUUUUACACACACAAACCCCGCUGUCUUCUUUUUUACUUUUAUAAUGUACUUAUUCACAAAAACAACAAUUGCACAGCCUCAUUUUUAUAUUCACCCAUAGCAAAAAAAACGCCUUUUACUUUGCAGCUUGUAUACCAUUUUUUUACUAUUCAUUUUAUUCAGCACACUCUCUUUUUUUUUAUUCUACAGGACUAAACAAGCCCUGUCUGUUUUACAAUAAUUUACACAUUUUUCUAUCAAGCAUGGCCGGGGAGGAGAGUAUAGCCUAUGCGCAACGCUCCCUUGCUGAAAUUCCAGCGGCCGCAAAAACACACCUGGUGGAAAUGCCACCUUCACCAGAGACUGAAAGCACAACCGCACCUAUAAGCGAGCAGACCAGCGUGUUGCAAAACAACGAAGAGUACAUGUUGGUGUAUCGCGCGAUCCAGGCACUGAAGAGCCAACUCGAUCGGGCGAAGAAUGACAUGGACAUACUGAUACAACUGCGUGAUCAGGCCUUAGCAAAACCCCAGAAAUACAUACAAUCACUGACAGACGGCACAGCGGCAGCGGCACCACGGCAACAAGCGGUUGCCAUGAUCCCAUCAGUUUACAUCGACCCGUACAUUGCGUUUGCCGACUCGACAGCAAUUGAUGCUUACAUGCAGUGCAUUAGGAUACAAGCGCAACGCGGUGAUGAGCUGCAGGCAAGUUCGGAACUGUUCAAACCGACAAAUAGCACUGUGCAGCCGCUGAGUCUCGGUGCGCGCACCCCGGUCACCACUAAAGCUGGGAAAUCAGCAUCGGCGUUGCACCCGUUUGUUGCUCCAAACUCGGCUAAUAUUGGUUUGCUUACAGGUGUUACGGCGGUGGCCACGCCAGAGCAGUCUCCGAAGAGAACGCAGUCUGCCACUGACAUGGUGCGGGUGGCGGUAGCGGGCGAAGGAAGUGGAGGUGGUAGAGGCGCAAAGCACAGUUCAGUUUCCCCGACUGGAACCGCUCCUAUGACUGCCACAUCCGUGCAUUCUGCUCAGAUCGACAAGUCAGUCAAGGCUGUGACUGAAUUGCGGCAGAUGAACAGAGCUAACACCGAGCCUGUGCCCAGGCCCGCUGCUUCCGCUGCCGCCGCUGAUUCUGCUGCUACCUCUGCAGCGUCUAUACCUGUUUCACCAGUCAGUCGUGGGAAAUCGCAAAAAACGCUGACUCCGCAGAUACUCGAGGCGUUUCGGCGACAGAUUUCAGAGGAAAGAUCACUAUCGCCAGCGCAGCACAACCAUGAACCCGGCCCCUUCUCGGAUAAUUUUGAGGACGACGACGAUGACGACGAAUACUACAACCAACUGGUCCGUUCUGUCUCUAAAACCCACAUUGACUAUCAGCAAAAGACUCUCGAAACAAAUCCUAAAGUUGAUCGGCCACAACAACAACAUCCGCACGUAUCUGGCAAGUCAUUUCUGUUCAACGGCCAUCACAACAGCAACAGCAACAGCAAUAGCAAUAGCAAUAGCAAUAGCGGCAACAACAUCGACAGCAACCACAAUUACAAUUAUAACCAUCAGUCGGCGGAAUAUCUGCAGUCGCAGCCGCACCACCAUCAGAAGCAGCAGCCGCAGCAGCAACAACAACCAAGUCGCAACGUCAUAUCAUCCAGCCUGCAGUCCUCGGUGAAGCGCAAAUGUGGACGACCAAAGAAAAAGCACCUAUCCGAAUCCCAGAAAAAGGGCCCACGACGCGCACCCUCCCAUGAUUCAGGCAAACCAAAACCAGCAAGCUACAAUAUCCCAUGGAGCGACGCCGAGCAAGAGCGCCUCGAGGCGCUUCUUGUAGAAUAUCCGGACGAGGAAGUGGCGAAUGAUAGGUGGCGCAAAAUCUCCGAAGCCCUUGGCACACGUACGAUGCGGCAAGUGGCCAGUCGUGUGCAAAAGUACUUUAUCAAGCUGGCCAAAGCCGGUCUUCCUGUUCCCGGCAGGGUUCCUAAUACCGCGCAUUGGUCGUCUAUGGGCAACAAGCCGCAGGUAGCUAUAUCCUUGAUGUCCGCUGCGGACGGUAUGGGCGAGGGUUCUUCUUCCUUUACUUCUUUUAGGAAGAAGCCCUCGAGGAGGGCUGCCAGUGGGUCGGCGUCGUCCAGUCGCAAGCGCAAGUAUGUUGACUUCACAAGCUCUUCGGACAAUGGCAGCGACGCCGAGAGCAUAGAUAUUGACAUGGACGAGGAUGCCAGCGAGGCUGAGGAUCACAGAUUCGGUAUGGCUGUACCUUAUGACCGCAAGGGCAAGCAGGCUGACAGAUCGGGCGGUAUGUUUGACUCGUCAAAUGACCAGUACGAUGCCAGAGACUUUCCCCUGAGCACCACAGGUGUAGACGCAAAUGAAGCUGGCGGCAGCAGCAAAAACAGACGUGCGUAUGCAGCUGGCAAUAAUCCCACGGACGACAACGAUGGGAUUUUUGGAGCUUCUGCAGGCUCAUCUUCGGGGGGAGUAAAAUUCCAAACCUCAGCGCUGUUGCGCAGCGCCAAGUCUGUGCACCUGGGAUACCGGUGUGACUCUUGCUUUGCUGAGCCCAUUGUCGGCAUUCGGUGGCAUUGCAUAGAGUGUCGCGGGGCGCAGGCUGUUGAUUUGUGUGAUGAGUGUCGGGAGGAAGGCAACUACGAGACUGCUUGGCAUAAGGUGUCGCAUAGCUUCCAUGCAAUGAGGGAUGCGGAGAUGGAUCCAUAUUAUGCAAAUGAUGUCGCCUCCAGCGCGCUCCGCGAAUAUUCGUACUUGGCAUGAUGACAUUUGCUCCUUUGUUCUUUUUGGUAAUAAACAUUUGUAUUUGUAUUUGUAUUUUAAUGAAAUUAAAAUUGAAUUAAAAAAUUUUGUGUAUUCAGUGGAGCAGGUCAGGAU